AUGGAAUAUCAUUGAGCAAGAAGAGGAUUCUACGGUAUGAGUAGAUUCAUUAAAAACUUCUGAAAACUCAAACAAUCAUCCAGACUAGACCUUGUGAAGAACAAAAGAAUGUAUUCUACAAUGGAAUUGGGAUCCAAAAAGUCAACUCCAGAGAAAUUAAAAGCUCAAAAAUAUAAUAUUUUAAAGUAUGAUAGAAAUAGAAGAGAUUAUGUAGUUGAGCAAAUGUCCCUUGAUAUGAUAUUUCCUAAAAACAGAAGUGUAUAUUUCAUAUCAAAUUAUCCUUCUCUUCCUCCUUCAGAAGUGUAUCAAAAUGAAGACCAUGCUUUCACUUACGAAUCUGCAGACGAAAAUAAAGUUAAGGUUUCUCUUGAAGAUUCUUACCUCAAUAUUCCUUCAAAUAUUAAGAAGGGAGGAAGUAACGAGUCUCUUUAUAAUGCUAACCUUAUUUCUUUGCAGAAAGAAUUUAAAUUUGACAAUAUUGUCUCCGUGAGUCCUUUAUCAAUAACUAAUUUGAGAAAGUAUGCCAAAAGAAAUGAAAUUAGAGAUAUGCAUUGGUUUUUACUUCCUCUAGAGGAAGAUACUGCCAAGACCAGGCUUUUUAAUGUUCCCAAUAAAAUUCUCAGAAAAACAUGUAUUGAGGUAAUAAGCUCACUUCCAUUCUCCAAGGAUUCACUUAAUCCAAUCCCAACAACAGAAGCAAACAUAAGUGAUGAUUUUGAAGCAUUGAUCAAAUCAGCAGAGAUUCUUAAUCUCAAGGUAGAGCCAAACUCAAUAUCUCAUUUCAAAAUUAUAUUGUGGCUCCUAUUUGCAUUCAGCAUCCUUGGAUGUGCCUCUUUCGUAAACCUAAACCUGCUGAUGCUGGCUCAUUCAAAUCUUUAGACUUUAAGUGUUGUGAGAUUUCAAUUAA